AUGUUCUAUAGACCAGCAUUACCUAUUCCGGCCGAGACGUUGCUUCGAUGUAACUCGCAGUUUUCAAGGGAGGCGUGGCGGAUAGGUAUGAGGCACGAUCAGCGUGAAGCGAACCAGCUGCGGCCUCUGUCCAUUGAGUUUCCCUUUCUCACAGAUGACGUGACUCUAGUGCGGUGCGGCGACACCGCCGCCACUGCUACGGUCACGUGCGACUUGGUGGAGCCCUCUCCUUUCAGGCCAAAGCACGGUUUUUUGGAGUUUCAUGUGCGCCAGCUCCUCCACGAGCGCGAUAGUCUCGAAAAGCCGAAGGAAAUCAAGAAAAUUAGUUGGUUUCUAGAACGCCUCUUUAAGAACAAUGUUUUGGACCCUGAGGGUCUAUGCGUCUUGCCGGGUCGAAAGGUGUGGAGCUUGUCUGUGGAUAUCCUUAUCGUGAAUGAUGAUGGUAACACGUUGGAUGUGGCCGAGUGGAGUGCGAUCACGGCACUACAACACUUCCGCCGACCUGAGAUCACUAUUCGAGGGGAUAACAUAACCGUGCAUUCCCCGCAUGAGCGCGAUCCUGUACCGCUUUCCCUGCACUAUAUCCCUGUAUCCUGCAGUUACGCUGUAACGACAGGAGUCGACACGGCACAACUCCACCAUCGCGCUGCGGAGAGUGUGCUGGCUGUCAGUGCUGAUCCCACGGGAACGGGGGGUGAUGCCAAGGGAAAAGGUGCUUCAGCCCCGAAAGAAAACGAGCUUCUUCUUGUGGUGGACCCCUCACUCGAGGAAGAAGCAGCAGCAGCUAGUAAGGUUGUAGUAGCGGUGAAUGCCGAGGGUGUUGUUUGUGCCUUGGAGAAGUACAAAGGGUGUGAUGUGACGUGGCCGAUUCUCAAUGAAUGCAUUCAGAUAACAAACCGUCUAGUGCCACGUAUUUUGGACGAAAUGAAAACAGCUAUGGCUGAACAUGAGGUGCGGCGAAAAGAGGCGUUCAAGGAACAAUUCCUAUGGGCCCAGCAGCGAACUGGGGUGCAUAAAUUAGGGGAUGAUGGACCACAUGCUAAGGCUGUACGAAACGAGUUAUCAUAA